AUGCGUUCACUGAUUAAACAUUUAUACAUACAUUUGUUACUUAUUAUUACUUUCUCUUCAUUCUCAAUUUCUGAAAACGAUCCAAACCUAAUUAAUUCCUCUAUCUUACGACGAAGUACGUAUUCUGGUGAUGGUACAUUUUACGCUGUGGGUCUAGGUGCUUGUGGAUAUGUCAAUAACGACGGACAAAUGGUAGCUGCUUUGCCAGCAGAACAAUUUGACCAUUUAACUAAAAAAAGAGCCUGUGGUUCUACUGCUGUAGUUCAUCGUGGUAGUAGGAGAAUUGUUGUAAGGAUUGUAGAUAGAUGUGCUGGUUGUAAAGUUGGUGACAUUGAUUUAUCACCUGAUGCCUUUAGUGGGCUUGCUGAACCCGUAGAAGGACGUGUUCAUGUCACUUAUUCUCUUAAAACGAGGAG